GUUUUUGUUGCGCAGGAUUAGCCGUUGGGGCAGCACGCAACUGCGUCAUCAAACGUAACAGGAAGUGUUUGUGCUGCUAACGGUCAGCUGAUACAGCAACAACAACGUCUACAGCUCCAACGGUCAAAGAUGGCCUACCCCAAAUCCCACAACCCGUUUGCAGAUGAUGACGAUGAUGAAGAUUUUAGGCCUAAAAAUAGGGGGUUCGACUUCGAUGACGACCCCAGUGACAUUGGGCUGAGUGAUGCAGAGAGGAGGCAGAGAUACCUCCAACAGGAAGUGAUGCGUACAGCUAAGUCUGCUGUGGACAGCAGUAACCGUUCCCUUGGCCUGAUUUACGAUUCAGAGAAGAUGGGUGUGGAAACUGCAGAGGAGCUGAUGCGACAGGGUGAGGUUCUGAGGAGGGCAGACAAGAUGAUGGACAACAUGGAUCAGGACCUGAAGACCAGCCAGAAGCACAUUAACAGUAUCAAGAGUGUGUGGGGCGGCCUUGUCAAUUACUUCAAGGGCAAGCCAGAGACAAAGCCACCACCUGAGGAGCCAAAAGCCUACCAGGCCAAUGACAGAUUACAAAGUGCCAUGUCCAGCAGCAGAGAACAUGAAGAUAAGUACCAAGCCAGCCACCCCAAUCUGAGAAAGUUAGAAACAGGAGGAUUUGGAGCUUCUGCGUCAAUAGAUGACUGCUCAUCGAGACCGAAUGGAUACUCUCAGAACAAGAUCCUCAAAGAGGCUCACCAGACCCUUGACAAAAAUUUAGAUGAGAUGUGCGGGGGGCUGAGUCGACUCAAGAACCUUGGACUUGGUCUCCAGUCUGAGAUUGACGACCAGGACGACUCCAUUGAUUCAUUGAUGAAUAAAGUGGACAAGAUGGAUCUCAAGAUCAACAACACAAACCAACAGAUUAAAAACCUCAAAUAAAACAUUUGGACACAGAGAGACAGAACAGAAUAGCAACAGGUCAUGCCUCUCACUCUUGGCCUCAGUUGAAUAAACUGUGUUCUUUCACUGCUGGUUUAAGACAUUUUAUCCAAUCUUUUUCCCAUUUAUUUCCAUGUCGGAUUGUCCUUAAAUUUCUACUUUUACUCAGUUUUGUACCAACAUGUUGAUGUACAAAUUCUUCUGCCUCAAAAUAACUGAUUUGUAAAUCUGUGCUUUGCAUUGAAGAUUAUAUUCCAUGUGCAUAUUAGAUGUGAGGGAGUAUCCAGGUAAAAUCUGUAAGAGUUUGAUCAGUGUUUCUCAUUCGUCAAAAACCUACAGUUAGCUAUCAUUCAAUUAAAAGAGAUGAAUGGUUUAACGAGGAAUAGCUUGUUUUAUUCAUUAAUCACUUAAAUACACAAGAGCACAGCAAAUGUUUGAAAUGUUUUGUGUGUAUAGUUCCUAGUCGGUGCUAACUUCCUGGACCUGCCUCCACAUACAGAAUGUACUAAAACACUUUGGAAGUUCAAGUCACUUUUGCCUUACACAUCACUUGUAUGUACAGUAGACUAGCUUUUGGUCCUGUGCCAAGCUUCUGUCUGUACUCACCAUGCAGCCUGGUCUUCUUGAAAUUACUUUCCCAUACAACAAAACUGUACUGUCAGAUACAUUUUUAGGGAAAUGUAUUUUCUACAUGAAUUUUCUUUUUGAGGUAUCAGAAAUAUGUCUCUAAUCAAAGCCUACAAGUCGGCGUAGGGCGGAGGUCUGGGUGGAUGGAUGGUCAAGCAAAGACAGGACUUUUACCAGGAGACCGCUGCCCAUGUCCCCUGUGAAACCAAUGUUGUCCUAUUUUGCUAACGUGAAUCACGUGCCAUAUGGAUGUAUUAAAUACCCAAAUCAUCAUUUCCUAAACCUAACCAAGUAGUUUAGUUUCAGUUAACAUUUAAAACUCUGCCUGGAGAAAAUACGUUUUCCCUCAAAUUUUAAUUGAGAAGUGAAAUUUCAUUGUAUGAAAAAGUACAUUUUAGGAGACAGGAUUCCAAUUAAAUGCUUCAGUUUAUUUUAUUCUUUGGAAUUGUUUAAGUACAUUCAUGUUCCUCAGUGCUUUCCCUUGCUUUAUAUCAAUUGUUUAUUUUGUUAAAUAUUGUAUUGAAUUCUGCAGAAUGUGAUUGAGUAAUUUUACAGCAAAAAUAAUGUGAACAAGCUAGCUGUGAAUAUUAAAAACUCAAACCUGAA